AGUCCCUUCCCUUGCUCUGCUGCGUUUCUUCCUCCUCCAACCCAAAAGAGAGAACGAAAAAAAAAAAACCCCCAGAAACUCCACCGCACAGAGGCAGAGAGUGUUGGGAUGAGAGGGUUACGAAGAUUGGUUGGACAAAGUCUUUCAUCUCACAGAGGAUGCGAAGCUUCUGGACAAUUUCAUGGCUUCCGAUUCAUCUCUCGCCGGGCCUAUUUACUAUCUGCUUAUUCACCUGCCACGACGUCGUAUCAGGGUCGGCAUAACUCCCCCUUUUCGUCUUCUGAAUCUCCCUUCACUUCUAUGAAAUGGGGCUUUCUCGGUGGGCAGAAGAGAAGCAUGUUUAUUCAAACUCAAUCCACACCCAACCCUGCAUCUCUUAUGUUUUAUCCUGGGAAGCCUGUUAUGGAAGUUGGCAGUGCGGACUUUCCGAAUGCCCGUUCGGCCAUGAAUUCAACACUGGCCAAAGCCCUUUAUGGAAUUGAUGGAAUUACUCGAGUGUUUUAUGGAUCAGAUUUUGUUACUGUAACAAAGUCAGAAGAUGCUUCUUGGGAUCUUUUGAAGCCUGAAAUCUUUGCAGCAAUCAUGGACUUCUAUUCUUCUGGGCAGCCACUCUUUCUAGACUCAAAAACUGCAUCAGCGAUGGACACUGCUAUUCAAGAAGUAUGUCCUGAAAUAUCUCGGCAUUUGCAGGUCAAAAGUGUAGAGCAAGAACACGAUGCUGAUGAUGAAGGAGCAGCACUAACGGGUCAGAUGGAAUAGAAACAUAUAAUUCUGUGCAAAACAGGCGUAUUAUAUAAAGGUGAGCUCAAGAGGUAUUUGGGGUGUGCAAUUCCUGUACAGGAGCAAAUAAAGUUAUUAUAGUUAAUUUAUUAAAUGGUAGAGCAUUAUGGAGUUAUUGGUGUAGGUAGUUGCAUCAUAAGAAUUUUGAGCUUGUAAGAACACUGUAUAACAAGGGGAAGGACGAUUGAUUUACUGUUACCACUUCAAUUUUUUUGUUCAUUAGAAGUCUACUUAAUAUUCACAUUGUCCCUGUACUGCUAGUUAUUUAUUUGUUUUCCUAUAUUGUUGCGUUGCACCAUGCUGGUCUGUUGUUAUGAGAUGAACUAUUGAAUCAUUUUUUAUU